GUCUAUUUGCGGUUCUCGGCGCAAUACAUUUCCCAACACAGCGCCGUACGCACAGCACAGUCACGGUACUCCACCGCUAAAACCUUCGGAAAGAAUCCCCAAAUCUCGCACACCUCGAAGCCUUCGAGGCCCGAAACCCUAGCUCCUCGGCCUCCCCGCCGCUUCCACCCAUGGCUCCAGGACUGCAGCGCUUCACUGACAUUGCGGACGACGGCACGCCCCAGCUCGACGCCGCGUCCGGCGAGGAGCUGGUCCGUGUGGACCGCACCGUGGCUGUCGCCCUUGGCCCCCGCUCGCCGGAGUCCCCGGGGACUCUGUUCGUCACCACCAGGAGGGUGAUUUGGCUCAGCGAAGCGGAGAAGGGCAAGGGCUACGCGGUGGACUUCCUCGCCAUCUCGCUUCACGCUGUGUCGCGCGACCUCGAGGCGUACCCCUCGCCCUGUAUCUACACUCAGAUUGAGGCAGCAGUUGGUACAGAAGAGGAGGCUGGGGAAUCAAAUCCUGAAGCAAAUGAACUAGAGCUAUCUAGAGUAUCUGAAAUGAGGCUCAUACUAGCGGACCCCGGUCAACUGGAUGCACUUUUUGAUGUCUUCUGUCAUUGUGCUGAACUGAAUCCUGACCCUAAUGCUGAGUGCAAUGGGGAGAAUGGCUGGAUCCGUGGUGAAGAUAUGUCUAAUGGUGACUGGAUUCGUGAUGAUGUGGACAUGGUUGAUGCUUCAAAUCAACGACCAACGUUUUGAGGAUGCAGAGGAGGAACAGGAGAGCCAUGAAAAUAAUGGACAUUAGAAACAGAGACAUGUUCCUCGAGAGCAUCAUGUGAUUUAUUUUGUUGUAAAUCACUACCGAUGCAGCUCGGUUUGCCUACUGUUUCAUCUACACUUUCUCUUCCUUUUUCCUUGAUGUUAUAGGAUUAACAUCACUGGGUGACUUUCUGGAAUUGCAUCGAUGGUUCCUUUUGGUGAGAAAAGGUCUUGCUGCUGGUCAAGAAUGUAACUUGUAGAGCAUGAUGUUGAAUCGUGUGAAAUUAGUUCAGUACUUUUGAUCUAACAAAUAGAAGGUCGAAUUGGGAAAGGAGAUAUAUUAUCUUUUCCCUUGUAUAUCAUGGCACCGUUAUGUUACGUCUGCUUAGAAUUAAAUUCAGUUUGGGUGUUGCAGGGA